AGUCUUCAGUGAGACAGUUGUUAGUGAGUGAGUCAUGGGGCGCACGAUUAAAAUGGCGUAGUCACAAAUCAUGUCACAAUCUCUCUACACAUUUUCGAAACAUUUCUAAUCUAAGAGAGCUUCCGGAAUCCUGAAUUUCGGACGCUCCCAUUAUCAACGAAUACUAUUAAUUGUUGCUUCAGCUCGGAUUAUCUCGUUAACAAUAAGUGCAAACUAAUGUGUGUGUGAGUGAGUGUGUAUAGUGGACUGACAAGAUGAAAUGACAGCGAGCGUUUGACAACCUGCAUACGUUCGCAGAGAUAAUUUAAUGUUUCGUGGGAUUAUCAAGAAGUGUGGAAUAUUAUUUCACGUGAGUGAAAAAGAGGUUGACAGAUUUGGACGCGAUUGUUCCAAAAAUCUGCCUCGUGACAGCUUGACGACCUCGCGAUGAGACAAGAUGGCGCCACCGGCGUUUUGACAUAUCCACACGAACAUCAGCUGGAUUUCGCAGCCGUUGUGGAUUUUCUUUGAUAUAUUAUGAGCAGAGAAUUUUACGUGCCUUGCACGCCUUACGCAUAUCCGCAGUGUGGCAGUGGAUCAACAGAUGGCGUCGUGGGGAGCGGAGGUGGUGGUAUGGAUUGCAUACCCCUACGUCCUGGGCCGUUUCACUACUUGAUCAACGAGCAGGCUAAGUCCCUGGUGGCGCUCCAGGAGCUGCAGAAUGAGGUCGGCGCUCUCCUCGAGUUUCGGGACCUCGUCAUCGAGACGUUCCCAAACCUCCGGCACAAGAUGGCGGUCUCGGCGGCAACUUCAAGCUCGGCGAACGCAUCCGUGAUGUCCUCCACGCAGAGUUCUCACAUCCCCUUACCUUUGUCCAGUCCAUCCUCUCGUAGAAUAAGUGAUUGGGAGCCAGGAAAGGUGAGGCGACGGGUUCCAAGGGAAGGCGAAUCUUCGGCCUCGUCAUCUUUACCAAGGAGUCGUAGCAAUUCCCACAGCGGAGGUAACAAGAACAGCGCGACCGUUCAGGAUUCUGGCUUCAGCACGGAGACUUCUUCUAAGGACAGCGCCUCCACGGCGAUACCAAGGCCACCUAGUCCACGUCCCGUCCUGGACGAGGCGGAGGACGAACUAUGGAACCUCUUAGACGUUAUUCACCGAAAAGGAAUUCGUCUCAGAGAGGAAGUUGAGAGUCUUCAAGGACGUUUGGAGAGUGUAGCCUCGGAGGAUUUUGGUCUUUCGGGCGAUGUUUUAGAGGCUGUGAAAAGAGUUACUGGUUCGGAAGAUGACGCCCGAAGUAGCGACGACAUUGAUAGGGUUCCGAGUGACCAGGACACUCAGGUGGCUGAACUUCAGAGAGAGAAGUUGAAACUCCUGGACAAGGUUGCGGAACUCGAAGCGGAGACGAUAUCGAGUCGAGCACGUGCUCAGGAACUUCAGUCAGAGUUGGCGGCUCUUUCGGCCAUUAGAAGUGGACUUGAAGAUCAUCUGCGGACCGGUACCUUAGAUGGAUCAUACGGGAUUCAUAAUCCUGGCGCGCAAAGGAUUCAGCCGAUUUCACCAGCCAUUCCAUCCUCAUCGCCGAAGAGUAAUAAUGUUAAUAAUAUCAGGAGCAAGGGAUCCGCUUUUGCCCCAGUGCUCUCCAGUAAGGCGCAGAAGAAUAGGUUUAGGACAAGGACUAUAGAAAAAAAUGUAGUGGCCAAUGUGGUUGCUAGGUCAUUUGAGGACUUGAAUGUAGAAGCUAAUGUUAACGAAAGGAGAGCAAGACUGGGAGCACUGGAUUCCGUGCUCAUUUCACCCACCAGGGUAGCUAAUGUUAAAGAUGUGGAUUCCAAGAAAAUUGCCGCCAUCCUGAGAGAGCAUUCUUCUCUUGAACUCCAGCGACACCUUAUCACUACAACCGUCCAUAAUCAGGCCUUACAAAAAAGACUGGACGACGUAGAAAAAAGCACCGAAAUGCUCUCGGAAAGAUUAGACAAAGCCCGGGAGGAAAAUGAUGACCUCAGAUUUCAACUUGCGGAGCGAAACAUUGAAUUGGAAGGAACGCGAGCGCGAGUCAGAGUUCUGGAAAGGUUUCAGCAGCGUCCGUCCACGGAAGGAGAUCCGAAUCCAGAAGCUGAUGCGGAGCAGCCAAGAUGCGAGCAGAAUUAUCCCGAGCCUGGGAGCAGUACAGAGUCUGCUCGCGAUCAUCAUCAAGCCCUCGAAAUAAAGCCAUCGCCGCGUAGGCGACCUAGUCGAAUUCCUUUACCUGGUGCCUCGAAGGCUGCCACUCCUAAACCUCCAACGCCGCACGGUAGAAACGACAGUAAAGAAUCUUUAAAGUCGCUGACCACUAGAACGGUGAGGGAUUCUAGUCGCGACAGUCUGACUGGCAAGAUCUUCUCCUGUAAGACGCGAGACACCAGUCGCGAGUCCCUGAACAAGAGCCUGCCGAGAACAAUCGAGAGGACCAACGGGACCGUGAACAAGGAAGCCGGGAGGGACUCUCUCAAUAAGUCCUUGCCACGCAACAAUUCCAGUAAAGACUCACUGAACAAGUCAUCCUUGCUCUCCCGAGCGAGGGACUCGCUGGAGUCCAACUCUUCUCCUGUGACUCCCCCACGACGACCGUCCGCUCCUGCUCGUCGAUCUCACAGCCUGGCCCGUGCUUCCGUCGAUACCGACACCGGAAAGACCUAUUCUGAUCCGCCAGAUUCGUGGUGCUCAACCAGUGGAAGUUUCCACCGUUCGGAUACUUCUUCAUAUCUAGAUUCCUUAAAUCAGGAAACUUCCUCAGUUACUGGAUCCACAAGAGUGGAAUUUAUCAUUGGAUCGCCGACGAGAAGAUUUCGACCGAAUGCGCCAUGGACACCACGUUUUUUUGACAGCAUCGACUCGGCAGCAAUCGCAGCAGAGAGUCUUAUGACGGACGAAUUUCCACCCCGACGUGGCGAGGCUUUAGCCGAAUGUGAUUCACUUGAACGUCAUCCAAUUUCUAGUGACGCGUGAGUUGACUAUUUUACUCAGUUUGAUUAAGUCAUCGAUUUGAAUUAUCCUGGCAAUACGAUUGACUAGACAAUGUUCCAAACAUUAAAAAAAUCUCAUUUUCUCCUCUUUUAAUUAAUCUAUGUUGAAACUUAAAUUCGAACGAUGAUUCCAGUUUUAGAAGUUUUAAGUUUUAAUAUUCUGUCGAAAAAUACGUCCUAUGCUUCAAUGUAUGCUUAACUAAAUGGAAUUAAGAACUUAUCGUCUCCCCGAGUGAGUGAGUCUUCAAGAAUGAGUUUGUUUAGCAAACUUUCAAUUACUUGGACCAAGCCUAUUAAGAUUUCGUUCUAGUGAAUAUUCAGCUUAACCAUAAUCUUCUUCAGGUUUAUAUAUUUUGAAUCUGACAUGCGAUUGGAACCUGCGAAAUAAAAACCAUACGAGUGUCCAAUCGAUAAAGCGGAUUGUAUUUCAGCCACAGAAGUAAGCAUUAUUCAUUCCAUGUUGAAAAUUUGAAAGUACAGCAUUCCAAGAAGCAUUUCUUGUACUACAUGUGCACUAUUGUGAUUGUUAAUUUUAUAAUUGUAUUGUGCGAAAAUGAUUAAGUUUACGAAAUUGUUAAGUCAGCAGACAUUCUGAACAAAAGUUGGAAUUGUCAUGUUCUAAUACUUUCUUCGAGUUCAGUCUUUUAAUUGUUAUUCCUCUGUUGGAGAGAAUCUCUGUCGAAUGAAUGAAUGGAUUGUAUUCUGUUAAUUCUAGAAAUGUGUGAGUCUGCUCUUGAAGAAUUUGAAUUACAUAUCAUGCGAGCAAGUUAGAAAUUUAUUGUUUAAUCUAAUUGCAUAGUUUUUCACUUCCAAAGUUCAUAGGUAAACUUGGAGUAAUAUUGUCCACUCAGUGCGCAAGGUGCACGUUAAUUAUAUUUUGUUGAUGUCAAUCUUA